AUGGAAACCGCUGAGAUAUCUGCUUGGAUUAACGAUCACUUGGCUAAAAGCAAGGUUGUUGUAUUUUCACGCAGCACAUGCCCCUACUGUGUCAAGGCAAGUGGUAUACUAAUGGGUGAAGCUCCAUCUGAUGUGACUAUCGUUGAUCUGGAUGAUAAUCCAAAUCGUCCAGCUAUUAUGGAGUACUUCCGCGAAACAACUGGAGCUGCAACUGUGCCGCGAGUGUUUAUAGGCGGCAAAUUCUAUGGUGACUGCAGCAAGACGGUAUCUACUUUGCAAUCCGGAGAGUUACGUAAGGCGCUGCAAAACGCUGGGUGCCACUUGAAAUGA